AUGAUGAAAAAGGAGAUCAAAGAUGCGGUCAGCCUACUUGAUAAUAUAUUGAAUAAGCUAAAUGAUCGAUUGAACAAGAUAGAUGAUCGAUUGAAUAAGCUAGAUGAUCGAACCCAUACACUUGCUGUAGACAUAGCUUAUGUGAAGGCGCACCUUGGAUUAACCGAACUGAAACAGGAUUCUCCCGCUACUCCCGUUUCUCCCUCCCAAACCAAAGACCACAUAAUAGCCGAGUAA